UGACCGGGAAGACGUGAGGUUGAUCGAUUUCUCGGAGUUUGAUUUCGCGUCCUGGUUCCCCAUCACGUAUUCCGUAUCGACUACCAAUGCCUGCUUGCCGCCGUAUGGCGCCGGUGUUUGAGUCUGUGCUGCCGUGUGGAGGCAUUUCUGCGAUUUAACGGGCGAGAGUGAGAGAACAUGGGCCGCCGUUCUUCAGACAGCGAGGAUGACAGCCAUAGUCGGAGAAAGAGGAAGCACAGACGGCGCUCCUCGUCCUCCUCCUCCAGCUCAUCAGGGAGCAGAGUGACGAGCCGAAGCAAACACUCCAGCAGGAGAAGUCGCUCCCGGUCCAGAGCCCGAGACCGAGAUCAAGAGAGAGACAGGGACCGAGAUAGGAGGCGAAGGCACCGUUCCAGCAGCAGCUCAUCCAGAGGUUCCAGCCACAGGAAGCGGAGUCGUAGCACUGACAGGGGGCGGAGCCACAGAUCCCGGAGGUCUCGCUCCCGCAGCCGAAAGAGGUCUCGUUCCCGUCACCGCAGGUCCCGCAGUAGCGGCCGGUCCAGCAGGAGGCGCAGUCGUAGCCGGAGCCGAGGCCGGGACCGCAGCCAGCGCAAGACCCGGGACAGGGAAAGAGAGAGAGGACGGGACAGAGAGCGUGAGAAAGAGAAAGAUGCAAAAGCCAAGGAAAAGGAAAAACAAGGGGACGUGGGGAACAUCAAAGCCGGAUUAGAACAUCUGACGCCGGCUGAGCAGGCCAAGGUGCGACUCCAGCUGGUGCUUCAGGCUGCAGCUAAAACAGAUGAAGUUCUGAAAGCGAAGGAGAAGAAAGAAGAGGAGGCGAAAAAGAUGAAAGAGGAAGAAGAGGCCUCUCUCGCCGAACAGGUGAGGAGGAUAAAGGACAUCGAGGCCAUCGAGAGCGACUCCUUUGUUCCUCAGGCUUUCAAAUCAUCCCGGGACGCCACCAAGGUAACUGAACCUGUGGAGAUAAAGAAAGAGGCGGAGUCUGUCGACACGUCCAUGGCGAAAGACAGUGUCGUCUCUCUUCCCAUUGCUAUCAAAUACAACGACAGUGACACACUCGCUCACCACAGUUUGUUCCUGGAUAAAGAAGAAGCAGAGAAGUUGUGGCUGAAUCGACUGCUGUCUCUGCGGCAGGAGAGGCUGAUGGGGAGCCCGGUGCUCUGACAGAAAUCCUUCAAGCCCACCGCCCAAACAGCGUUGGCCUUUUUCUUUUAACCACAUAAGAGUUUGUUUAAAGUAGCUGAGCUCACUUUUUAGAUAGGAUGUCUUUUGGAAGUGUAGAGUUAAGUGAGAUAUGGUAUAUUGGUUUUCUAUGAGAAAUCAGAAGAUGAAACAAGGCAGAAAAUAAAUGAAGUCACCUGAUUGCUCAUUCUGAUACACUGUGUCCAUGUAAUGCUACAAUUUUAAUAUUAAUGUUUCUCCCUGGGAUUGUGUUACAAAAUAUUUGUUUCCAGAUAUGAUUUUAUUUUUAUCCAACUGUGUUUGCGUUCAGCUAAACUGUAGCCCACCAGUGUGGAAAUCCGUACAAUAUUUAUCUGCAGUAAUUACUAACUCAAUAUUUUUUCUCGUUAAAAUGCAAGAACCCCAUCAAUUGCUAUCAUAUUUCAGUUUAAGCAGUUUCAGUCUUGUGACUAAGGGUGAGCCAGGCAGGAUUCUGGUAUUUGGGUCUCUCUUUUUUUUCUUUAUUCUAAUCAUUGUUACUUUUGUGAUCUGUUAGAUGCGCCUGCAUCCCUAAUAUGACAAAAUAAAAGGGGAAGAAAAAAAAUAGUAUGAAAAUAAAACCUUUUUUUUUACAUUUUUUAUGUUACUGCUCAGAAUAAUGAUAAUGUUUAGUGGACGCUCGGUGAAUAAUAAGGAACACAAAAUCUUUUUUUGUGCUGAAAUGUAAAGUUUGUCAUGUUCAUUCCUUUGUUUUGACUUUAUCAAAAAUAAAACAUCUUUCUGAAAUUGA